GCACCGAGCCUAUAUUGUAGGCAACCAUUUUCUUCUGUCUUCAUUUGUUUUGUCUGGACUUUGCAUGGUAUAAAUAAAUGGGGCAUUUGGAUAUAGAAAAUAAGCAGUUGGCUAUGGCUAACACUAAGGUUCAGCUGAUUCUUGCGACAUUUCUAUUUUGCGUGGCUUCGGUUGCAGCGGGAAGAGCGAGGCUCUACUCCACCAGAUCUUCAGCUGCUACUGAUGGUAUCUGCAAAUCUUUGGUGGUCACACAAGGCUAUGCUUGCCAAGAACAUACAGUGACGACGAAAGAUGGUUACAUUCUCGGCCUUCAGAGGAUUCCAGCAUCACGGUCGGGUCGGUUGGCUUAUAAGCCUCCGGUUCUUCUACAACAUGGUCUCAUGAUGGAUGCCGUGACAUGGUUGAUGAACCUGCCGGAUGAGUCGCUGGCAUUCAUAUUGGCAGAUGCAGGGUUCGAUGUAUGGCUAUCCAACUCUCGUGGAACUACUUCCAGCCUCCAGCACACGUCUCUCAGUCCUAGUGAUCCGGCAUACUGGGAGUGGUCCUGGGAUGAACUAGUUGCUCAUGACAUGCCCGCCGUACUCCAGCACGUGCGCAGACUCACUGGCCAGAAUAUGCACUAUGUUGGGCAUUCCUUGGGAACUUUAAUUGCGCUGGCCGCCUUCUCCCACAAGGAAUUGGUGAACAUGCUAAGAUCAGCUGUUUUGCUUAGCCCGAUCGCCUAUAUGAAUCAAAUGCCCUCCCCGCUCGCAAGAAGUGCUGCUCAGAUCUUCCUAGCUGAAGACGUUUACUGGUUAGGUCUCCACCAAUUCAUUCCUAAAGGGGACGCUGUGAACAAUCUUAUACAAGCAAUAUGCAACAUACCAGGCAAUGACUGUUCAAACUUGAUGUCCGGCUUUACAGGCCAGAAUUGUUGCUUAAAUUCUUCUAGGUCGGAUAUUUUCCUUGCUCAUGAACCGCAAUCGACUGCAACAAAGAACAUGAUCCACUUGGCCCAGAUGAUCAGGACCGGAACCAUAGAAAUGUUCGAUUACGGCAACGAAGACGAUAACAUGAACCACUAUGGCCAGCCAACUCCUCCUGUAUAUAACAUGACGAGCAUCCCGAACGAUCUCCCUCUUUACCUUAGCUAUGGAGGGAAAGACCUGCUUGCCGAUCCUGAUGAUGUGAAAGUCUUGCUUGGUUGCCUCAAGGAUCAUGACGGGGACAAGUUGGUGAUCCAGUACAGGGAAGACUAUGCUCAUGCCGAUUUCGUCUUUGGCGUGAAUGCGAAUCAGGUCAUAUAUGAGCCUGUAAUGGCCUUCUUCCGCCUUCACUGAGUGUGGAACAGAACUAUGUAUACAAAUUUAGGAUAGAAGUUAGUCCUCUCUCUCUCUCUGUAUGGAUUAUUAGCGAGAUGAGUGCAGAUAGGAAUGUUCUAUCUGGCGCGUUUAAAACAGGUCUGCUGCAAAUCUACGACAUGCAUGUCCCAUUUAGUAUGAUGUAAUUUGAGUGGUACGAAGUAAUGUCUAGUGAUUUUCGGCAAUCUUCUGAAUGUCCCUUAAACAACAGGAAAUCAUUACUUCAAUCUAUUAUCUCUAGGUAGAUUCAUCGUGCAUCACUUUCGACGCAAAGGUUUUGUUGUUAUCAGAAGCUGCACUACAUGAACUGUGACUAACAAAAUCAGUAGCAAGAGUAAGUUAAAGAUGAAUGUUAUGCCUGAGAGAAGUGACUCAGGGCUGCAAUGUAGGCACUCCAUGAUUGGAUCGUCCACAUCAAAGUGAACCCGGCGAUGAACUCUGCGCAGUGGAUUGGACGUGAAGGUGAAGCUAAGGAAUCUGAAUGACUAGAUUGGCCUCUGA